UACCCCAACUCACAUUCUGGUUAGAUUCUGGCUGAGUACUGCUCCGGCCAUCAAAAUGGACGGCGGCGGUGUGCAGAUCAUCUCCCGGCGUAUGGUCAGGCCGGAGUACCAAAAGAGGGAGCCUGAGACCACCGUCCACCUCACGCCAUGGGACCUGCAGCGGAUCACCGUGGACUACGCCCAGAGGGGCGUCGUCCUGCCCAAGCCUCCGCCCGGCGUGCUCCAACACCUCUCAUCGUCCUUUGCACGCGCCCUGGGCCGCUUCUACCCCCUCGCCGGCCGCUUGACCGUCUCCGACGGACCGGGCCUCACGAUCUCGCUCCGCUGCAGCGACCAAGGCGCCGAGUUCGUCCACGCCGUGGCGCCCGGGGUCACCAUCGCCGACAUCACCAGCACGCUCUGCAUCCCACGCGUGGUCUGGUCCCUGUUCCCUCUCAACGGGGUGGUCGGCACGGACGCCGCCGUGGACCCCAGCCUGCCCGUCCUGGCAGCGCAGGUCACCGAGCUCGCCGACGGCCUCGUCGUCGCCAUGUCGCUCAACCACGCCGCCGCCAACGGCACCACGUUCUGGGACGUGUUCAACACGUGGUCCGAGAUCAGCCGCAACGGAGACACCUCACUGUCCACGUCCACGUUGCCACUGCCCCUGCCCAAGAGGUGGUUCCUCGAGGGCUGCACCGUGCCGAUCCCGCUCCCCUUUGCCAAGGUGGAGGACAUGGCCAGGAAGCCGGAGUACCCGCCGGUGAAGGAAUGCUCGCUCCAUUUCUCCACGGAGAGCGUGAGGAAGCUGAAGGCGAAAGCGAACAAUGAGAUGUCGGCCGGCACAGGAGCCACCAUCUCCUCCCUGCAGGCCGUGCUCGCGCACCUGUGGCAGGCCACGUGCCGUGCCCGGGGGCUCGUGCAGGACCAGGAGACGACGUGCUCGCUCGCCGUCGGAUGCCGGGCGCGCCUGAAGGGCAUGCCGCAGGUCUACGUGGGCAACGCGGUAACGGGCGCCGUCGGCAGGGCCGCCGUGGGCGAGAUCCUGGGCGACGGCCGGCUGGGCUGGGCGGCGUUGCUCCUGAACCGGGCCGUGGCUGCGGUGGACGAGGCGAGCGUGAGGGAGGAGCUCGCGGCGUGGCCUGGAAACCCCAGCUUCAAGUACCUGGCCGGCGGCGGCGCGGCGAUCAUGGCCACGGGGUCGCCGCGGUUCGACGUGUACGGCAACGACUUCGGAUGGGGCAGGCCGGUGGCCGUCCGGAGCGGCCCCGCGAACAAGGUGGACGGGAUGGUCACGGUUUACGGGGACGGCGGAGGGAGCGGGGGCUUGGAGCUGCAGGUGUGCCUCGCCCCUGACGUGCUCGACAGGCUCGUCGCCGACGAAGAGCUGCUGACCUCGUACGGUACGCCGGUCUAGGAUGAUGUGCUCGCCGACGGACGACACGCCGUGGAAAGUUACCAUGCAUGCAGCUGCAUUUCUUGUGUGGGAAUAAGAAUCCUCCCAGCGUAAUUUUAAGGUUUCACUUUUGAGUCUGUCACGUCUGCUGCACACUGUUAGCCACAAUGUGGCGUUUGCCUGUAUCUAGUCAGCAAAAAAUGUUGGGGUGGACUGUAAAAUUCUUCUGUUUUUCAUAUGAUGAUGAAGCUCAAACAAACAAAAAUUCUUACACAA